AUGUCUGGCUCCAACCAAUCUUCUCCCAACUCUCCUGUGCAUGAUAAUAUUCCAUCACAGAACAAUGAAACUUUGCUCAAUUCUUCCACUCAUCCUAGAACUUUAGAUCCUUAUAUCAUCCAUCCUAGUGAUAACCCUGCAACCAUUCUUUCUUCUCCUCCUUUACAAGGGGACAAUUACGGUUCCUGGGUUAGGGGCAUUACCAAAUCUCUGAAUGCCAAAGGGAAGCUUGGCUUUGUUGAUGGCUCGCUUCCUCCUCCAACAGAUCCGUUACAGUUCCAAUGCUGGAAGAGAUGCGAUGAUCUCGUGGGCAGUUGGCUCCUGAACUCUUGCCAACCAGAUAUCAGGGCUAGCUGCUUGUAUGCUGCCAACUCUCAUGCUAUCUGGAAAGAUCUUCAAAUCAGGUUUUGUGUCUCCAAUGCUCCUAUUUUGUUUCGUUUAAAAUCUUCAAUUGCUUCAAUCAAACAGGAGUCAAUGCCUGUAUCUUUUUAG